AUGGACUCGACGCGGCCGACGCUCUUUGAACUCAUCGCACAAGACCAGCUGCGCGACCUCCUCCAACCCGCCAUUCGCUAUGUCCUCGUAUACUACGCCGAACGAUAUCCGCGCUAUCUUCUACGGAUCGCAAACUCAUCAGAUGAACUCUAUGCUGUUCUCAUGGCGCUAGUUGAGAACCACUUCAUUACUCAUUUCGGCGGAACGUUUACAGAGAAUUUCUAUGGCUUGAAGCGGGAGAGAGCGCCGCGUGUUCAGCGGUUGGGCAGAGUCGCAACAGGCGCGCCUGGCGUCUUGUCAAAGAUUGUGUCGUUGCGGACACGAGAUAGGAUCUGGGCUAUCACAUUGCUUGUGGGAAUCCCCUACAUCAAGGCCAAGCUGGAUGAGCAGUAUGAGCUCUAUGGAGCCCAAGAUCAAGUAGCUCAUGGUCAGCCACGGCGCAGACUUGAUGAGCUGCCACUCAAUGCGACACGCAAGCAACGGAUACGCUUCGCCAUCAAACAAGCCUUCAAAAAGGCGUAUCCGGGCAUCAAUGCUGUCUACCACAUUUCAACCCUCUACUUCAGCCUUGCAUACAUGUUUGGCUCUUCAGAGUACCAUACGCUCUCUCAUGCCUUCCUGAGGCAGCGUGUCAGACGACUCGACGGCCAAAAUUACAGACGUAUUGAAGAAGCCGCUGACGCACCCAUCGCUCUACCACCCAACUCAUCCCUAUCGCCUCUCGCAUUCAGCAGAAUCCUGAUUCCUCGCUUAUUCAAUACAUUGAAGCAUCUACUACCACUCGGCAUCUUCUUCCUCAAAUUCCUCGAAUGGUGGAGCGAGUCUGACUUUGCCGCACAAUUGGCUCGCAAGACAAGCUCCAAUGUAGACCUCCCUGCGCCACCACCUGCAUCGAUGGCGUCAGAAGAGAACAUGGCGUCUGGCACAAAACAAUGCCGUAUUUGUGGCAAGACGAUCGUCAACCCGACAGCUCUGCAAACGGGAUAUGUGGUUUGCUAUGUCUGUGGCUACAAAUGGGUCGAGCGGCAUGGAACUUGUCCUGUGUCAGGUGUCAGGUUGUUGAAUGGCAUCAAUGGUUUACGAAGGCUAAUGAUAUAG